UUGUUUACAUUUUUGCUGUUCGUUUUUUAAAUUUCAAAACAGGAUUUCUAAAAAUUUAAAAAAAAGUUGUUCCAGGAUGCAGCUAGAAUACGACAGCAAGCAAAUUAUGAACAAUUUCCCCUCAACUUGUCGGUUCUGUCUGUCGCGGGAGGAUUGCGUCCCCAUCCUGAACGACGGAGGAGAGAUCGCCGAUCAUUUGCUGCUGGCAACGGACUUUAUUCUUUCAAAGGUGGACGAGGGCGAUGGCCUUCCGAACAGCAUCUGCCAACGGUGCCUCAAGUGUGUGAUCGAAUUUGCCGCGCUGGAAGCGCGCUGUCAGCAAACCUACGAAAUCCUGCAGCAGAUUCUGGAGGAACAAGCCACCACACACGACGAAGUGCCUUUCGAAGCGAAGGUUGAAGAGUUUGACGUCGAGGAAGAAUGCGCUGUAGUUUACCUCGAGGACGAUUCUUCGGAGCAGGAACUGCACAAAGCUCCGGUCGUCAAAGCGAAACCCCCCACCGCUAAAAAGGGCAAGCAAUGUCCCAUCUGCGGCAAGUUCGUGUCCCAGCUGAGCAAACACAUGCCCGUCCACUCGGACCUGAAGCGCCACUCGUGUCCGCACUGUGAGAAACGGUUCGCGCACGACACCACGCUUCGGAAGCACAUCAACUCGGUCCACCUGCGGCUCAAGAAGUACCACUGCGAGCGGGAGGGUUGCUCCGAGGCGUUUACGGACCGGAGCUCGCUGCGGUACCACGACACGGUCAAGCACCGGAACGCGCGCGACUUUGUGUGUGCCGAGUGUGGCAAGUCGUACCACACCUCGACAGGGUUAAGUCAGCACACGAGUUUGAGCCACGAUCAGCGGCGGUUCCGGUGUGAGGAGUGCGGGAAGAUGUUUGCCAUGAAAUACCACCUGAAGACCCACAUGCUGACCCACACCGAGGCGCGCCCAUUUUCGUGUGAACUUUGCGAUCGAACGUUCAAGCAGAUGAAAAACCUAAACGAACAUCUUGUCGUAAUGCACGCCAAACCGCGAAUACGAAAACAAUAAAAU